GUGGAGAUCCAAAGGGUGUCAAACUUUUCAAAAAGCAGAUAAUGGGGAGUUCGAGAUGAGUGAUCUCAGAUUGCUUUCAUACUACCUUGGAAUCGAGGUAGAUCAGUUCGAAGGAGGUGUAUCGAUCAAGCAGACAACAUAUGCCAAAAAGGUGCUGAACCAAUUUGGAAUGCUUGAUUGUAACUCAACAAAGGCACCAAUGGAGCAUAGGGCUCAACUCUAUAAGGAUCCCGAAGGACAACCAAUUGAUGCAACUGAAUAUCGAAGAGUCAUUGGUUGUCUGCGAUAUCUCCUUCAUACAAGGCCAGAUCUUUCUUAUGCUGUUGGUGUUGUCAGUAGAUUCAUGGAGAGGCCAACUGAGAUACAUCACAAGGCAGUGAAGCAGGUGCUUCGAUACCUUCAAGGCACUAUACACUUAGAUCUAGUGUUUCAAAAAGGAGGCGGUGACGAGGAAAUAGUGGGUUACUCUGAUAGUGAUCUCGCAGGUGACCUAGAUGACCGGAAAAGUACGGGGGCAUGGCGUUCUACAUUAACGAUAGUCUUGUUUCGUGGAACUCUCAGAAACAGAAAACAGUGGCAUUAUCCUCAUGUGAAGAAGAGUUCAUGGCUGCAGCAGCGGCAGCGUGUCAAGCACUUUGGUUGA